AUGAGGCUUAGCUUUGGUGCUGUGGCCGUUCUGGGUGCAUUCCAGUGCAUCUCCAUCGGGCUCGCCGCAGAUUUGCCUUUUCCCGCCGAUAUAGCUCUUAAGAAGGCGGUAGGGACGGCGGUUGCAACUCCUUUGCAAGAGGCUUUGAAAGAUCUUUACGCAUACCUCGUUCACGACAAGGGCAGCAGGGCCGUGCGCCGUUUCCGCUACUCGCUUGCCGGUGUUAAACAUGGCGACGUUUUAAAGCUCUCGCAAUUUAUCAUGGGUAAGAUCAGGACGGAGAUUUUCGAUGGUCGCGUCAACGAGAAGACAUGGGAUAUGCUGACCAUGGAGCUCUACUUUGCUCUACUAGAUUGGUGGAUGAAAACUCCGGAGCACCCCAAGGAUGCAGCCGACAUUGGUGUGUGGCACGCACUCGUUGGCCUCUACAAGGAUGUAGUCGCUCCAGCCCUCCGCGGCAGCAGCCGCAUUGCUUCCUUCAACGAACUCCUCUUGGAUCCCGAGCUAGCUGACGUGAAAAAAUGGGUCGGUCAGUGGAAGGGCACACCGCCUCCCCAAAUUCCACAUGAAAAGCCAAUGAUAGAAGAAGCCAACGACGGCUCUCAAACGGAAUUCGCAAUGCAUCGGCUCCAGGCGGUAACUCGCCAAGUUUCUCAAGCGCCGAACGCUGCACCCGAUGAUGUGGUCAUUUGCUGCGCUAUCCGCACACCCCUCACGAAGGCAAAACGCGGAGGGUUGAAGGAUGAAUUCCCGGAAUCGCUCCUCGGCACCCUAUUCGCGGCAAUGAUCCGCAAAACGAACAUCGAUCCGCAGGUGAUUGAAGACGUGUGCAUUGGAAAUGUCCUUCAGCCCGGCGCAGGGGCGCUUGGGGCUCGCAUUGCUACUUUUCUGGGCGGACUAUCUCGCACCACGUCUGUGCACACAGUCAAUCGACAAUGUAGCAGCGGGCUUCAAGCAGUGGCUGCAAUUGCAGGGUCAAUAACAGCAGGAAAUAUUGAUAUUGGCAUCGCGGGGGGUGUCGAGUCCAUGACACACUUCGACAUGACCUCUGUGCUGAACCCCGAAAAAAUUUCGGAGAAGGUUUUCCAAGAAGAACAAGCGCGUAAUUGUUUGCUGCCGAUGGGCGUAACUUCAGACAUACUUGCGAAGCGGUUUGGCAUCACGAGGGCGGAACAGGACACAAUUGCAUUUGAGUCACACGCCAAAGCAUGGGCUGCGCAAACAAGCAGCAGAUUUCGAGAAGAGAUUGUACCAGUUACUGUUAAGGUAAGGGAUGCGCAAGGCAACGAGACAAUCCUCACAGUUGACAAGGACGACGGUAUUCGGAAAGGAACUAGCAUGGAUGCACUCCAACGGCUAAGACCUGUGUUUGAUAAGCAGGGAACGACUACAGCAGGAAAUAGCAGCCAAGUGACAGAUGGCGCAGCCCUCGUCCUUUUGGCUCGGCGUUCCGCUGCAAUUCGUCUAAAACUUCCGAUUCUGGCGCGUUUCGUUUCCUUUGCUGUCGCUGGUGUUGACCCGGAGAUCAUGGGGAUUGGGCCAGCUGUUGCUAUUCCCAAGGCACUUGAGAAAGCUGGACUACGCAUGGAUGACAUUUCCGUUUUCGAGUUGAACGAAGCCUUUGCCUCUCAAGUCGCAUAUUGCAUCAAGAAGUUGGGAGUGCCAAAGGAGAAGCUAAAUCCAAAUGGAGGGGCAAUUGCCCUAGGCCAUCCUCUAGGAUGCACUGGCGCUCGGCAGAUCGCAACUUUACUACCAGAGCUUCGCCGGAAGAAAGCGCGUUUCGGUGUAGUGUCGAUGUGCAUUGGCACAGGCAUGGGCGCGGCGGCUGUAAUAGAGAAUCUGGCCCAAUGA